AUCACCUAAAUGUUCCGAGUGUAUCGCGUGCAGCAUUUGUUUGGACAUUUUUUAUACAUAUGUUUGUUUCUGGCAAGAUUUUUAAUGUCCGUUUCUUCUUUUUGUUUCCUUCGCCCGUUUCGUGUUCGCUUACAUUUCAGCACACUAAUUUGCGGACUCUUUCUAACAGUUGCCGGCCGGCAGUGUCUCAAAGUUCAGCCAGUAUUUUGCAAAAAUUUCUUUCACCCGUCUUCCUGCCGAAGGUCACUGCUGUGUUAAAUGAUGAUAGCAGAUGGAUCUUCAGACGAAAGAUACGAACGGCCCAACCUCUCUUCGCUACCCACCAUCAGAAGAGACCAUCGGUCGGAGGGUGCAAAAAAUGCUUUGAUUCCAUAUUCAAAUGAGUCAAAAACCGAAAUGGUUUGAGCAAGAAUUCGGACCACUAUCAUCUGGACACCAAGCCCGUGCGUGGAUGGAGACAUCUUCGGGCAGUAAAACUGGACUGCAGUAUCGCCGAUCGGCAUGGUAUAAAUAUGUCCACACAAAGGAUUCUCUGAACUAGUCUCAGUUCUGUGCAGCAAGGUGUAGCUAGUAGUCUUAUGGUUUCCGUCACCGUAUGAGGAUAUCAGUCCGCCAGGAGUGCAAUAGGAUUUAGCUGUACUUAUUCGUUACGUGCCGGAAGAUGAUGGAAAACAAGAUCGUUUUCCUACUCUUCCUUGGGGCACUAUUUUGCGCCUCGUGGACGGAAGCUUUACCGGAUGAAAGCUUCCUUAUCACAUCAGUGAAUAAGCAGAACUUGUUGAAGGCAUUGCUUCAGCAAGAAUCGACCACUUCCGAUAUUGGCCGCCGAGGAUCAGGUCAAAAGGAUGAUAAUGGAUAUCACUACGAUCGCCCUAAGGACCCACUGUGUCUGAUAAAUGAUGGUCCACACUGUCAGCCGACGAAGCCCGACAAUGGAUACCUGCCGCCUUGCACUCAAGGUGUUCAGGGACCGAACUGUGAACCUGUUGCGCCUAUUUGUCCUCAGGGUGGAACUCCACCGCACUGUUGCACCAAUGGAGGAAACGGACCAAACUGUGUACUUCCGGAUGUACCGCCAUUGCCGCCGAUACAUGUUCACGGCCAUGCCGGAGCUCCUAUUGUUCAGGUGCAAACGUUCGUCUAUGGAACCUGCACGAAUGGUGGCACUGGACCUCACUGCUGUACCAAUGGAGCAAGCACGCCUGACUGUAUCUUGACCGCACCUCCGAUUGUGAUUCCGGCUCCACCACAGCCACCACCAACGAGGCCACCACCACCGCCACCAACUACCACCAGACCUCGUCCACCACCUACGACGAGGCCACCACCACCGCCCACAACGACAAGGCCACGACCUCCGCCGACGACACGACCACCUCCGCCACCUACCACCACUCGUCCUAGACCACCACCGACUACCACUAGGCCGCGUCCACCGCCAACUACGACGCGUCCUAAGCCACCUCCGACGACGACCCGUCCGAGACCUCCGCCAACAACGACCCGUCCUAAGCCACCUCCGACGACGACUCGUCCGAGACCUCCACCAACAACUACUAGGCCACGUCCACCACCAACAACUACUCGUCCUAAGCCACCACCUACAACAACGAGACCUCGCCCUCCGCCAACAACGACCCGCCCAAGGCCACCACCAACAACUACUCGUCCGAGACCUCCGCCAACUACGACGCGUCCUAAGCCCCCUCCGACGACGACCCGUCCGAGACCUCCGCCAACAACGACGCGUCCCAAGCCACCUCCGACGACGACUCGUCCGAGACCUCCACCAACAACUACUAGGCCACGUCCACCACCAACAACUACUCGUCCUAAGCCACCACCAACAACAACGAGACCUCGCCCUCCGCCAACAACGACCCGCCCAAGGCCACCACCAACAACUACUCGUCCAAAGCCGCCACCAACAACUACACGUCCAAGACCUCCGCCGACGACAACGAGGCCACGACCUCCACCUACCACUACACGGCCAAGACCACCACCAACUACUAGACCGCCGCCGCCACCUCCGGCACCAACUACACCAUAUCCGAGUAUUCCCGUGACGCAAUCGGUAGUGUAUCUUGGAUGUCCGAACGGAGGCGUUGGUCCGUACUGCUGCACAAAUGGAGGAGUUGGACCGAACUGCGAGGUUCCGCAAAUUCCAGUAUUCCAAUCGUGUGAUAACGGUGGUCAACCACCGUUCUGUUGCACAAAUGGAGGAGUCGGACCGUACUGCGUUGAGAUUCAGCAAGCGAUCGAGGUGCGUCCGCCAACGACUAUCAUUUAUACAGAUCCGGUAUACCAACCGUCGGUCACAGUACCACAACCACAGUACCAACCACAGCCACAGUACCAACCACAACCACAGUACCAACCACAGCCACAGUACCAACCACAGCCACAGUACCAACCACAGCAACAGUACCAGCCGCAGCAACAACAGCAAUUCCAGCCACAGCGACCUACUAACGCACCCAGUUACGGUUAUCGACCACAAGGGGUCAGCAUAGUACCAAGCUCUACAGCGGCACCGUUCUUUACCGGAUCACGCGUGCAGGGAAAUAAUGCAGGAGGACAGUCAUCGGCAGAUGCAUUCGUACAAGCCAUUACACCACGCCCACAACAGGCUGUUCAACCGACAAGGCCAGCAUCUCCACCGAGAAACCAGAGCACUCAGACUAGGCAGCCACCUCAGCCACAAACGCCACGACCACAAGCUACUCCAGCACCAGCUAGACAACAACCAUCGGCUCGACCACAGGCACCAACCCCACAGCGACAAAAUGCCUUAAAUAGUGGCUUCGAUAAAGACUUCUCCAAGAAGCCUCCAGUUAAACCGGCAUCCGUGGCUGGAGCAGGAAAAUGUGAAGGAUCUAACUGUGAACAUGGUUUUUACUACAAACUCGGUAAUCAGGCAGUAAUAUUUUAGAUACUAGGAAAACGUUCCGUACGCUGUAAGAUUGGUAUAUGUAAAUACACGAAUGGUAGUUCCGCCGUGCUUGAUGGGACAACGUUUAUUUUGGGAUUUUUGGUUUGGAACACCUCCAAUACACACGUUAAUGCUAGUGUGUCAAAUGGAAACUGUAUUAACAUACCCAAAUUGUUGCUUUCCUGUUGGUCAUCAAAUGGCGCAAUUCUUAUUAAAAGACUAGGCUAGGCAAUCGUCUGCUUGAUUCCGCAACAGUCACUACGUCAUCUAUUCUUCUCUUUGUUGUCGGAGUGUAAAGGUCACACUAAACAUCUCGGAUCGUUCAUCCCUCGAGGCACAACGUUAGGUCGAUAAUUUGUUGCCCAUUACCACGCCAGGCUGAGCGCCAUCAACAACAGCAAGUUCCAUGAGCCACGAACUGCGAUACUCCCGAGCCUUAUCUGUAUGGUGCUAUAUCGAUAUUUAUGGUAUCCCUUUUCCGUGCAUUGAGCAGUUCGAGUGCCGGUAAAGUGACGCGUGACGUGACGAAUUAGGCUCAUUGCACCAAAGGCACAGCCGCUUGCCCUGGCGGGAAGAGUCGAACGAUGUCCAUCUUUUUAUUGUACGAAUGAAGCACAUCUCAUAGAUGAACUCUAACGAGAGCCAUAUGCAUUGAAAGUUUUAUAUUACCUAGUGCUUUUCGUGCAAAAUCCGAUUUCUUCCUGUCCCUAUAAAUCAAUUAUUUAUGACACUAAACAUAAUGGGAGCAACUUUGAAACAGGUUACGUAAAGUGAUCAUGAUCGAUUAAAAGGCUUAAUAAAAUUUUUAAUAAGCUAUUUCUUCUACUGACUUGCAAAGUGUUAAUUACUAUAACACAUGCAAUACCCGAUCUUAUCCAUAAGAAACAUCAAUAAAAGCUUCAUCUAGUACGAGAGAUAAUUUUUAAUUUUCAACACUUAAGUUCUUUAAACAUAAGUCUAGCUCAAUGUGGCUAAAGAAAUUACAGUGGAACGCCAAUUAUCCGUCCUCAUCGGGACUCGGCAGCUGCCGGAUAAACGAAUAUCACGGAUAAUAGGCACAACUCUUUGUAUUGACAAAUAUUAGUAUUUAGUGUGUAUUGGGUGGAAUUUUUUUCUAAAGCUAAAUUGUAAUAUUCUUAGGUGCAUUAUGCAAAAUAAAUCUGUUCCAUUUGGACGAACUGGAGCAAAUAAUAUUAUUCCUUAUUGAUCCUAUUAUUUCUUGCUAUCACCGGUUUGCAGUUAAUAUGUCAAUUCGCCUUUGGAACUGUCAUUUCCGAGCUGCACGGAUAAUGGGACAGCCGGAUAAAGGGUUCCCGGAUAAUCGGCACUCCACUGUACUUUUUUAAGCGAUCAACUAAUUAGUUAGAUAGUUUGUAUUUAUUGAGAUUUGUUCGACUUCCUGCUUAUGCUAUUUUCUUCCGAACAUAGCAAAAGUAAUAACGAAUCCGUCCGUUCGCACUCUCUGAAGGUCAAGGUGUGUAGCUAAGGUUUGAUCAUUUACAUAAGCAUGGCAAGUGUCUCUUGUUGGAAA